UUUACUCGAAGAGCAUACGUGUAAGUAAAUAACAUGUGUGCACGAACUUGUAUUUAUUUCGUAUUGGCCAUCUCAACCUGGUCGGUGUCACCCUACCUCACACAGCGCAGCCAAACUGCUCCCCCCCUCACUGCCCUCCAUAAUAAUUCCCUCUUCUACGAAGUUAACAUAAAAGGUGAAACAUUAAGAGAAACAUUUACCAAUACGACCUUCGCAACCCGCCACGGGAUGGUGGAGACUGAGAGAAAAGGACAGAUUUCCGGAGCACCAAAGUCUGGCAGUGGAUCAGCGCCGCCUCGCCGAAUCGAGGGGCAGCUGGCCGUGGGCGUGACGGACCUCAAUGUUGUCGGUGAUAGCGUCGUUCGCCAAAAAAGGCCUCGAAGGAGCGCCGUGCCCUGGUGGCUCCCCCUCGGCCCCCGCUCGACCACCACCACGGAGCCUCCUCCCCUCGACCCCCUAGAGUACGUCCUCCGUCGGCGCCUCCGGCAGAAGCAGCAGAGGCAGGGACACUACGCUGAAAACAGAAGGGGAAGUGGCGAAGGGAAGAAGAAGAAAAAGGUGCAGCGCGUGACCUUCAUGGUGCCGAGCCAGAGCGACGAGGACACCGCCGUCUGCGCGCCGUCUUCUGGCAUCCAGGCCUUCACUCUCCUCAACUUCCUUCUCGCAGCGGGUUCCUUAACUACGAACAUCCUCAAUAACAACAACAAUAACAAUAACAACAACAACAACAAUAACAACAAUCAGAAUAAUGUCAACGUUAAUAAUAACAAUAACAAUGCGAAUAAUGUAAACAAUAUCAACUUCAACCAGAUGGGGAGGAGGAGGAGGCGAGGGCUGGCUGGCAGCUACAGGGAUGGGAUGCUCCCGGCCGUCGCCCUGGUAGACGCCCCUGAGGUCUGGGGAGCCGCCGCCCCAUCGACGUCCAACAAAACCGCCUCCGGGCAAUCCACCUCGACCGCGGGCUCUUGCAGGGGCGACCCCCCCGAAGACCAGGUCCGCAUGGCUCUCCUCUUGUCCUUCGACCUCGCGCAGGCGGCGCUGGACGAAUUUUCAGACAUCCUCCAGGCCAAGAAACCUCUUCGGAACAAUGGUGUGGCGGACGGCAGGAUUCUCAUAAGCUCUUGGGACAAAGGGAUGUCCCGGAGGCUUGAAGUCGCGGUCGGGGUCCUUCGUCAGUAUGCCUGUCACACCCUCAGAUUGGCCAAGAGGUCAGGCGAAGUGGCGGAGGUGGUUCUGCAGGAGCUGAGUUUAAUUGUCCUUGGUUACAUCGACGAAGGUCUCCCGCCUCUGAUUCUGCAAGACCUUGAGUGUCUCACCUGACGCUACGAAACUUUGCUGAGUCAUGUUCGUACAACUGCCUUAGAAAAUACCCCCUGUUAUAGUAAUGUUUUAAUCACUCCCCUAAUUAUAUAAUGAUAACCGUUAUGACCUCUUGAGGCUCCUUAGUUAAUAGUAUACUUAAAAGUUAUCGACGAGUUUAUAACGUGAAACAGAUAUUUUUAAUUGAUGUGUUCUAAUUAUGUGAGAAAUAUGUUCUGCUUUUCAUUCAAGACAACGUAUGGUUUGUUCCCACUGAACGUAUUCUAAUACUGCAAGAGAAGCGUAUGGAAAAACAUAUUCAUAUGAAAGACUAUUAUUAUGUUAAUAAUAUUUGUUGUUUUGAUUAGGCUGAUUUAUAUUAUGUUUCCCUCUUAUUAAAGAAUUUGCUGUUGCAGUAGAAUACCGAAAUGAUCAGGAAAUUAAUUUUGAGAGAAAUCAUCAUAAUGUCGUCGUUGUUAUGAUCAUCCUUGUUAUUAAUAUCAUCUUUAUCAUCUUAUACUUAUCCACUGUCAACAUCAUUGUCAUUGUCAUCAUUAAUCAGCUUUGGUAUAACUGCAGUGUGCUGACCAUAUAUUGAAUGUGGAAUCUUUUCUUGUCAGUGCAUUUAAUGUAAACAAAAAUUCGUUA